GAGAGAGCUAGAAAAAGGGAGGGAAGAGAGAGAGGAGAGAGAGAGAAAGAGAAUAUCUGUCUAGGAAGGCAUUCUAAACUUGGCCGCCCAGACCCCUGCCCUUCUGGAAGAGCAGAGAGCUGGCUGUUUAUUCCCCGGAGGAUUCUCUCGGAGUGUUUCACCGGCUCGAAAAUACUCCGCUGACAGGCAGAAGUUGCAAAACCGGGCGCCGGCCUCCCAAGGCGUAUAAAUAGAAGCGGCCCUGCCCAGCCCAGCCCUGCCCAGCCCUGCCCAGCCCUGCCAGGGAGAAGUUUCUGGGCUGUGAGCGAGCUGCUCUGUAUUUAGGAGGAGCUCAGCCAGGGAGGAGAAGCUCGGACAGCAGAAGGACUGGUCAGGGGCCGGGCCCGGUGACUGCCAAUCUCCCUUCUCUGGAGAGGGAGAGAGUGUGUCCUUGGAUCUUGGGCUGCUCUGUAUUUAGGAGGAGCUCAGCCAGGGAGGAGAAGCUCAGACAGCAGAAGGCUCGGUCAGUGUCCAGGCCCGGUGACUUCGAAUCUCCCUUCUUUGGAGAGAGAGACAGAGCGUAUCCUUGGAUCUUGGGCUGCUCUGUAUUUAGGAGGAGCUCAGCCAGGGAGGAGAAGCUCAGACAACAGAAGGCUCGGUCAGUGUCCAGGCCCGGUGACUUCGAAUCUCCCUUCUUUGGAGAGAGAGAGAGCGUGUCCUUGGAUCUUGAGGGGAGUGCCAGAUUUGGGGGAUCCCCGCUGACCGUCCCCUGACCUGUCGGAUCCGUUGGGGGGACCUCCCCAACCUCGCUUCCUACCGAUGGCCGACGGGCCAGGGCCUUUCUCGUGUCACUACCCCGGCCGCCUCCGCAGGGACCCGUUCCGGGAGUCGCCACUGUCCAGCCGGCUGCUGGACGAUGACUUCGGGUUGGACCCCUUCCCCGGGGACCUGACGGCCUCCUGGCCCGACUGGGCCCGGCCCCGGCUGACCUCGGCCUGGUCCGGCCCGCUGCGCAGCGGCCUAGGCCGGGGGCCACCGCUGGCCCCGCCGGGCUACGGGGGUCGCUACGAAGGACCGGCGGAAGGCCGAAGCCCACCGGCCUGGCCCGGGGAGCCCUGGAAGGUCUGCGUCAACGUGCACAGCUUCAAGCCCGAAGAGUUGGCCGUCAAGACCAAAGAUGGCUUCGUCGAGGUGUCCGGUAAACAUGAAGAGAAACAGCAAGAAGGCGGGAUUGUCUCCAAGAACUUCACAAAGAAAAUCCAGCUUCCCGCCGAGGUGGAUCCAGUGACGGUGUUUGCCAGCCUAUCCCCGGAGGGGCUGCUGAUCAUCGAAGCCCCCCAGGUGCCACCCUAUUACCAGUUCGGAGAUGGCGUCUUCGGUGGCGAACUUCCAGUCGGAGGCCAAGAAACCACCUGUGCCUGAACCGCUCCCAUCCUGACUGCCCCCUCUCCCACCCUCCCUGCCUCUCCACCCCCUCAAUCCCCCCUCCCUGGGCAAGUUCCAAUUCCAGCCAGGAUCACAGAAGCUUAAAGGAAGUCAAUGCGGAAUGUGGGAUCUUUUCUUUCCAAACCUGAGAGGGAGCGGGGAGGAUCCCUUCUUCCACUCCCCCCGCCUCCCCGUCACAUCCUUCAAUAAUAACGAUAAUAAUAAGAAUAA